AUAUAUUAGAGUUACUCAAACCAAAACGUGCAAAGACAACCUAAAAAACAAAGCAGUAGUAAAGUGAGAGUGUUAGGUAGCAUCUCAACCACCUCAAUGGCAUCUCCGGCUAGCGGACGCGCAGCAUCAGUCUACAGUGAAGUCCAGGCCAGCCGUAUUGAGCAUGCGCUUCCUCUUCCCUCUGUCCUCAAACACCCUUUCAAAAUUGUCCAAGGCCCUCCUAGUUCUGCCGCCGGCAAUCCAGAUGAGAUCGCAAAACUAUUUCCCAAUUUGUUUGGACAGCCAUCGGCAAUGUUGGUCCCUGAUUCAGCAGAUUCAGCCGAUUCAACUCCCAAGCUUAAGAUUGGUGUGGUUUUGUCUGGUGGUCAAGCUCCCGGCGGUCACAAUGUUAUCUCUGGAAUCUUCGAUUACUUGCAGGAUCACGCAAAGGGAAGCAUUUUGUAUGGCUUUAGAGGCGGUCCUGCCGGGAUCAUGAAGUGCAAAUACGUUGAAUUAACUGCUGAUUACAUUCUUCCCUAUAGGAAUCAGGGUGGUUUUGAUAUGAUCUGCAGUGGGAGGGACAAAAUUGAAACACCCGAGCAGUUUAAACAAGCUGAAGAGACAGCAAUUAAGCUUGAUUUGGAUGGCCUCAUUGUAAUUGGUGGGGACGACUCCAACACCAAUGCUUGCCUUCUUGCUGAAAAUUUCAGGAGUAAAAAUUUGAAAACCCGAGUCAUUGGCUGCCCAAAAACGAUUGAUGGCGAUCUGAAAUGCAAAGAGGUUCCAACCAGUUUUGGAUUUGAUACCGCAUGCAAGAUUUAUUCAGAAAUGAUUGGAAAUGUCAUGAUUGAUGCUCGAUCAACUGGAAAAUAUUAUCACUUUGUACGGCUUAUGGGGCGUGCAGCUUCACAUAUUACCUUAGAAUGUGCUUUGCAAACUCAUCCAAACAUUACAAUUAUUGGAGAAGAGGUUGCUGCUAAGAAGCUGGAACUGAAAAAUGUUACUGACUACAUUGUUGAUGUAAUCUGUAAACGUGAUGAUCUGGGUUAUAACUAUGGUGUUAUUCUUAUUCCCGAAGGUUUAAUUGAUUUCAUUCCAGAGGUGCAGAAUCUUAUUGCAGAAUUGAAUGAUAUUUUGGCCCACGAGGCUGUAGACGAAGGUGGGAUAUGGAAAAAGAAAUUGACAAGCCAGUCCCUGCAGCUUUUUGAAUUUUUACCGCAAGUGAUUCAGGAACAGUUGAUGUUGGAAAGAGAUCCACAUGGAAAUGUCCAGGUUGCCAAAAUAGAGACGGAGAAAAUGCUAAUUCAAAUGGUGGAAACUGAAUUGGAGAAAAGAAAGCAGCAAGGCACAUAUAAGGGUCAAUUUAAAGGACAGUCCCACUUCUUCGGUUAUGAAGGAAGAUGUGGUUUGCCAACAAACUUUGAUUCUACAUACUGCUAUGCUUUGGGUUACGCAGCUGGAGUUCUCCUUCAGAGUGGGAAAACCGGGCUUAUAUCAUCUGUUGGCAAUUUGUGUGCUCCCGUGGCAGAGUGGACAGUUGGUGGCACUGCGUUGACUUCUCUAAUGGACGUGGAGAGGAGGCACGGCAAAUCAAAGCCUGUGAUCAAGAAGGCAAUGGUGGAGCUUGAUGGUGCACCAUUCAAAAAGUUUGCAUCGUUGCGAGAUGAGUGGGCAGUGAAGAAUCGAUACGUUAGUCCUGGUCCCAUCCAAUUUAAAGGGCCAGGAUCUGAUGCUGUUAGUCACACCUUACUGUUGGAAUUGGGAGUUGGUGCUUAGAGUGAAUGAUGAAAAUGCUGUGAUAGAUGCAAAAUUGUAGUUUCGAUGCGAACUUUUUAUGUAAUCAAAGUUACCAUGCUUAUUUACUGUUGACUAUGGACAGACAAGAAUGGCACUCCAUCAUAAUUAAGGGAGUGCAAUUUCUGGGAAAUUAUGCAGAGUGUUGGUCAUAAAUGGCAUGCUUUAGGGAGAGAAUAUUGUUUUUUGAUGCUGUGCUGCUCUAUGAAUAUGAAAAAGAAUCCCAAUUUUAGUUUAAA